CAGAUCGACAUGCCUACUUUACUCAUAUAUCGCGGGUAUAGAAACAAGGUUUAAAAAUCUUUUGUAUUUCAAUAUAAAAUUAUAGAAAACAAUCUCUUAAAAAUGGUUGAAGCACAAAAGUUUAGAAUUGAACAAGAAAUGACCAAUAUGGUAAAUGAAUUGGACCGAAGUUUUCUGCGCCGAAUGCAGGGUGACAUGCACAGAUGCGCUGCAAGAUGUUGUGACGAUCAGGAUACCUCACUAGAGAGAGUACAUGGCUGUAUAGAGAAUUGUACAUCGCAAUUGAACCAAGCUAAUAAUUAUGUACAGAAUGAGAUAAAUCAUCUCCAGAAUAGACUGCAGCGGUGUGUGAUGGACUGUAACGAUUCAGCGAGAGACAGACUAGGACCGGAUCCUAGUCAAGAGACGGUGGACAAAUGCACAAUAGAAUUUGAAAAAUGUGCUGUGAAAUGCGUCGAUAAGCAUAUAACUUUGAUACCUUCAAUGAUGAAGACCAUGAAGAAAGUGUUAGCAAGUGGGAAACCACCACCGGUGAAGAGUGAAUAACUGAUGGUGAAAGAGUUGACAUAACUGAUGUGAAUUUGAGUGAAUAUUUUGCGUAUUCUUGUUAUAUUACUGAACGGUGUUGUAUAGUACUCGUAUCUAUAGUUAAGUACAA